AUGCUUCAAGACAAUCAGCUAAUUGAUCCAGUUUUACUCUACGAGGUUGGUCAUGAAUCAACAAAUUUAGAAGCUGAGAGUUCACUUAUGCAUGAAGAUAAUUCAAUGGACUUUCAAGAAUGUCAAAUAUAUACUGAGAAACAAAGUCAUUUUGUAUCAAAGAGAGAUCAUGAGCUUAUUAUCCCUCAAGGCUCGCAAACCCCAGUUCAACCUCCUGAAGUUCAAUCGCCGACCAACUCAGGGGAGCAGACGAAUGCCAGAACUGCUACCGUUGGUGAUUCAGCCGCAGAUGAACCUGAGCCAGAACCAAUCAACAAUCCGUCUACCUCAGGCUCAAGGACUGCACCAGCUUUGACGUCAACCGCGAAGCUGACAACAUCGACAGCAUCUAUGCCCUCUCAGGGAGCAGCAGAAACGGUUGAUCUCCCAAGUGCACAACCAUCCACGGUGGCUGAAGAGUCUGAAGUUUCGGACAUUGAGAUGUCCGAUUUAGAAGCAAUCGAUGAAAUCUUGGGAGUAUUAAAACCAAGACGUAAAACGCCCCUCCCAUCAGGUUCUGACUCAUCGACACCUGGAGCUGUUGAUGGCAUGAGAGCUAAAUGGGAGGAGUUGUACCAACUCACAAAAGAAGGAUACUCCAAGAUUGCUUCUAAAUCAAGCGUCGAAGAGAGAAUAAAGAAUCUGCUCGCCGAGUUGAGUUCUGGCAAUGAUUGCUUCACCAAGACUUCCGAAUUUCAGUACAGCUGCGAAGUGUUUGCUACACUCUUUGCCGAUGGCGUUGUAGUUUUUAGACAGAACUGUGACAAGAUUGAGUCAUCAACAGCUGUUGAAGAGAGCUUCAACAAAGUGGAAGACAGACUGAAAGCUGGAAAGAAAACUCUGAAAGAACGUCGCAGUUCUUAUCAGGCUGCCAUCAACAAGAAGGAUGAACUUACUGAAGAAAAGGAAAGGCUUGAAGCACUUCUUGCUGAAGUUAAACGCCAGAUCGAACUUAACCAUAUUGAUAUUCAGCAUGAAGGGAAAUCUAUGAAGCGACAGUUUCGGGACGUCGAUGCAACCAUGCAGGAGUGCGAUCGAAAACAAGCUGAAGUUGAAAAGCAUUUAUCCAUCAAAAGGAAAUGUAUGGAAGAGAACAAGACCUUGGAUGAACGCCUGUCAACUUUUAGGAGAAAUGUGAAGAGACGGUUGGAUGACACACAAAUAUGUGAAAAUAUUGCAUAG